CUCUCAUUUCAUGUGUCUCUGCCUUUGGAGUGACUUGUUUCUGCACCGAGUCUCACUCCUAGAGUGACUGCACCACAUGAGCCAGUGAAGGCGUUCUUAGGAUGGAGCCGGUUAGUCCAGUUCAUCUGGAAUGAAGCUCGUAGUCAUGGUUGUCAGGGGACUUUUCGAAAGUUUGAAUCCUUUUUUUUCUAGGUUUUUUUUUCCAGUUCGGAUUCAGACUCGAACUGUGACUGCAGAGGAGAACCGGUUUAGGAUUCAGGACUUCGAUGCGUUUCUGCUUUGACUGCACGAUGAAUCACCUGUCGGAGUCUGCGCUCUAAAUUCCCACGCUGGCUGCGGCCCCUGAACGCAGCACGAGGGCCAGCCCCGCUCAGGCGGAUCUCUGGCCGCCGUCUCUCCCGGUGCGGGUCGCAGUUCGCCCUGAACCCGCCGGAGGAGGAGCUGCCGGAGCCCGCAGAGAUGUCCCUGCUGUGCGUCAGAGUAAAGAAAGCCAAACUUCACGGCCCCCCAGACAAGUUCAACGCCUACGUGACAUUGAAGGUGCAGAAUGUGAAGAGCACGACCAUCGCUGUGCGGGGAGACCGGCCCUGCUGGGAGCAGGACUUCAUGUUUGAGAUCAAUCAUCUGGACUCUGGUCUGGUGGUGGAGCUGUGGAACAAAGGCCUGAUCUGGGACACCAUGAUUGGGACGGCGCUGAUACCGUUGGACUCCAUUCAACAGUCUGAUGAGGAGGGACCGGGACAAUGGACCCCUCUGGAUUCUGAGGUGUUGAUGAAGGAGGAUCAGAUCUGUGGAACCACCAACCCCACCUCACACCGAGUCCUGCUGGACACUCGCUUCGAGUUACCCUUCGAAAUCCCAGAGAACGAGGCGCAGUACUGGACCCGCAAGCUGGAGCGCGUCAACGGGUCCAUGUCUGAGCAGUCUUCAUUCAGUAACGAGAUGCAGAGAAGAAGACUGCCCCCCCAGUGCUCUUUAGAAGACGGGGACAGUGUCAUUGACGAGCGCUUCGGUGAGAUUGGCCACAGACCCCCCCCGUUCUACAACACCUCCCAACCCAACUCGUCGGCCCACCAGUACCCAAUUGGACGCAGAGGCCGGGAUCGAGGCGUCUGCAGCCCCCAGUCCCCUGAGCAGGAGACGUACAGACGGCCAAGCGGAGAGGGUGGGGUCAGAAUUAUCCCAGUUGACUCGGGCAUGGGGGUGGAGGAUUGGGAGGGUCAGUAUAAAGUGUGCGAUGCAGGAGUCCUGGACGACUAUCUGGACACUGAGCAGAAGAUGUGGGAGGAUGAAGACAAAAGCAUCAUCUACCGGAUCAGUGACGGCGGCGGAUCCAAAGCCAGCCGGUUCUAUCAGACCGUGGAGUGGGACAGUGUCUCCCCCGAGGAAACGCCCCACUUCCAAGGCAGGACGAGGAAAAAGAGGCGUGGCUCGGGCAGUGGCGAGGUGCGGCUGGUUUAUAGGCAAGCAGGCAGCUUUGAGGAGGAAUCUUCUCCUCCUGAAAUUGAUAUGAUCCCGUCUGUGAAGCAGCUGCAGAAGCAGUCAGACCAAGAGAGUCUCCUGUAUAAAACCAGACUGUGGGCCAAAACCGCUCUAGAGGAGACGCUGGAGAACUACGCAGCUUUCCGGGAGGAGGAGGCGGCUCGGGAGGAGGCUGCCAGGGUCAGGGCGGACUUUAACUCAGUGGGUUCUGAUGAGAUGCAGUUUUCGUUUGGAUCCGAGGAGGAGCUGGAGGAUCUGACCUUCGCUGAAGGAGACGCUGAUUAUGAGGAUGAAAGCUACUAUUACCCAGAAGGCUAUAUGUCUCCACUGGAGGGGCGGAGCAGAGGCGGAACGGCUUACGGACAACAGGUUCUGCUCCCCCCCAUGGAAGAACCGGCAGAUGAGUUCAUAGACCCGAUGGAUGAGCUGAAGAGUCUGGUCCACUCGGUGUCUGAGUACUUGGCUGUAAAGGAGAAGGAGAUCGACGGCUACGAACAGAUGCCCAAAUCCCAGAGAAGGAAACUUCCGCCUCUGCCGACGGAGGCUCAAACUGUGGACAAAAGGGAGGCCCGGUUAGACGGGGGGGGAGGUGAUUCUGCUGAGGGGGGGGGCAAAUGUGAUGUGAAGGAGGACAGUCCCGUUGAGCAAGGCAUAGCAGGAGUGAAAACUGCUAUGAGCUCUCUGUUGAGUUCCAUCACAGGAUCCAAGUCCCCAACCGAGCCAGAGGGCCCCAGGAUAGCUCCGCCUCCCCAGCCCCCACAGACGGACUCCAGUAUUUCAAAGCUGCUGUCAUUCAUCCCCAAAGGAAGCCCCGAAAGCACAGAAACCUCAGCAACAGGACCCCCCACCUCCCAAACGCCCCCCCAACCUGAAUCCAGCAUUACUAAGUUGCUUGCUUUCAUCCCCAAAAGUGGUGGCCCUCCCCCCCCAGUGGCCAUAGUUCCUCCUGCGUCCCAAGAGCCUGCCACAGAGAAAAAGUUUUCCUUUCAGUCUCUGAUGCCUUUUCAGUCCUCUGAACCCGCUGGGACCAACCAGGCGUCCCCCAAGGCCAGCACCGAAGCGGCGGACAGCGGUGCCGCUUCUAAGCAGUCCAUGACUGGGAUCGAGUCUGUGUUUGGGAGGCUGAGCCCUAUGAGGCUCUUUUCCAGUGCACCUCCAUCUCGAGAGCCGUCACCCCAGUCAGCAGAGCAGAGAAAUGCCUCCGGUGGAGGCAAAGACUCCCAACCGGUGAGCCGGGCCCCGAGUCCCCACAGAGCAGAACACCAGCCUUCUAGUGAGCUACAGCAAGGAAGCGGAUCAGUAGAUCUUUUACCAGAUACAGGAAGUGGAUCCGUAGAGCUGCUUCCAGAAACCGAGUCAUCUGGUGAGCUGCCUGAUAGUCUGCAAAGAGGAGCAGUGAAAGUGUCUGACCCCAAACAAGAGGCCACUGCUGAGGAAACGGGAUUUUUCAGUCCUUUUAGGAAAUCUCUUUCCACCCUCAUUUCAACUGUUCCACCGGAAAAUUCUUCGCAGACUGACUCCAGACCAGCAGAGGAGUCAUUCUUAGGGAGCAAGUUAAAGAUUCCCUUUUUUUCUGAUAUUGCAGCCACAGCCCCCCCACCCAAAGCAGAAGGUAGCAUGCUGUCAGGCAUUCUAAGGUUUGCAACAGGUGAAGACAGUAAUACUGUCUCAAAGAGUCCAUCCCCAGCCCCGGCUGGACCUGCUGCUCCAAACUGCACUGCACAACUUGAAAGUGGACCAAAGGCAAAUGCAGAAACUGGCUGGUUCUCUAACCUGUUCAAGGUUCCACCAACAGAGGCCUCCAAGGAGCCUCCCAAGAAGCAGCUAACUCCGUCUGUGCCUCUGACCCGUCAAACUGAGCCACAAAAUGACCAAAAGCUCUGGGAAACCGCAGAGAAAACGCCAUCCAGUGCAGAGCAAACUUCACUGGAGCAAACUGCGUGUGAAGUAAAUGUGUCUCAAGAUCAGAGUUCCUUAAUGUCUGCGGAAAGAAAGCUGCAACCAGAAGCACCACAGUGUCCGAAGGGAGAUGCUGAGUCCAACAAAAAGAUCCAGAGAGGGGACAGCCAGCCCCAGCAAGGUGGUCUGUUCUCAGGCCUAUUUUCAUCCGCCUCCCCGUCUCCCCAAACAGAACAGCAUUCUGCUGGACAACAGGCAGGAGGACUUCUGUCCGGAUUUCUGAAGUUUGCCUCUGAGACCGUCUCUGCACCAACGGACCAUCCCAUAACGGCAGAACACCAGUCAGGCCAAGCUCAGGGGCAACCUGCUGCUUCCGAGCCGGUCAGUGGAGGACUCCUAUCUGGUUUGUUAAAAAGAGCUACAGAUACAGUAUCAGUGUUGCAACCCCCUCAGUCCUGUCAAGAGUCCCAUCCUGUACCCGCCGAACCAACAAAUACCCUCGAUCAAGACUCGACCAAGGCUUCAGUUGGACCUCUGCAAGGCUCGAUUAAACCAGGCUCUGGAGAAGGCCCCGCUCCAGAAAAAAUACCUCCAGAUCAGCAAGAGAAGCAGCCUGUAGUUUCAAACCCACAACCAAACCAGAAGCAACAGAUUGCCCCACCAAAAACAACAACAGCAGGGACUCAACCAGCUGGGUUAUUUGGAGGUUUACUGAAGCUUUCAGAACCUGCUUCCCCGCAACCAUCUCAAGCACCGCCCAAUCAGGGCAGCUUUCUGUCUGGCCUGUUUGGAAUGGGAAAUCAGGACUCUGUUCCUGUAAACCAACCACAGUCCUCACAAAACCAGCCAUCACACCCGGUCAAAACUGGGAUCCAGUCUAAACAGCAACCAGGCAACAGACAGAACCUACAGAGACAGCAUCAGGUUCCUCCCCAACAGCAACCCAGUGGUCCUGGAGGGAUGCUCACAGGAUGGUUUAAUAAGAUUGCAGAUGUUGGUACCCAGCAACCUGCAGCUGGAGCUCAGCCAGCUCAACAACAGGCGCAAAGACAAGGUCCUCCAACAACCCAGCAACCUCAGAACCAACAAGGUGGCUUCUUGUCUGGUCUUUUUUCAGCUGGUCCUUCUCCACCGGCCCAACAGCAACCGUCUGCUGUUCAGCAGAACCAGCAACAAAGCCAACAAAGUAACAGACAACCUCUGAGGAGGCAGAACCAGAUACCUCCACAACCUGUUCCUUCUGCUCCAGAGCCACAGCAGGGUGGUCUGCUGUCAGGAUUUCUCAAUAAGUUGGCAUCUGGUGACAGUGUUCCACAACAGCCCAGCACACAGGCCAGCUCUCAGCAAGCAAACAAAACGGCAUCCCAGAGCACUCAGGAAGGAGGGUUUUUAACUAGUCUGUUUGGACAGUCACCACCACAGCAACAGCAGGAAGAAAAACAUCCCCCUCAACCAACGGCCAAUCAGCAAAGCACAGCCAAGCAGCCAGCUCAGAGUGGGGGUGUGCUCUCUGGCAUCCUUAAGCUUGCACCUGGCAACACCGUUCCAUCGGACCACCAGUCGCCUCAGCUUUCCCAGGCUGGAGAACCACCCAAGCUAAAUCCAGCAAAACCAGAAUCCGCUGGACUAUUUUCUGGAUUCUUGAACAAAAUAUCAUCGACCAUAGAACAGCCAUCACCAACCACAGAUCCCACGAGUUGUCAAGCAACACAGCAACAACAACUGCCUCAUGUGGGUCACGCUCGACCUCACAUUCAGAGAACUAAACAGAUAGAUGUCCAUUCCACCCAAGAAGCAACUAGUGACAAGGAUCUGAAAGGCAGAGCACAGAAAAAUGUUCUGCCCGGUAUUUCUACGUCCUCUGAAGAACCACAUUCAAAGACACAGGAGCAAUCCCCAGUCCUGUCUGGGAAGGAGGAACCUAAAGCUAGUUUAAGUAGUUCCUCCCAAAGUUUAUUGUCCAGAAUUCUGAAAACAGACUCCAAUAAGGAGAAAGAAGGUGUAGUUCCUUCAAAGCUCCAGAGUACAGAUGGGAUCUCCUCCAGUUCAUCCACACCCACCACUGCUUCUGAUGCAGCUAAUGCAAUGGUGGAAAACGGUGAGGGCAAUUUCCAUUCUCAGAGUAGGCAAGACCCUACAAUGUCUCUAACCCUGCGUUAUCUUGAGGAACUCCAGCGCCUCUUGUACGGGACAGAAAACGAAUACGGUUACAAGGACCUCCUUUAUAACUUUACAGAGCAUGGCGUUCUUCCAGCAGAGCUUUACGAGCACCAGUGUCUGAUAGAAGCUCUCUUGUGGCAACAACUAAAUGAAUAUGUCCUCGCUGAAGCCCUUGCUUCUCCAUGUCAGAAUAAGAACCAGCCAUUGCAAGGACACACACCACCACCCCUCACAGCAUCUCUGUGUCAGAAUCAUGUACAACUUAAUCCCCAAGAAAUGAACAUCACUGCGUUUGAUGUGCCUUCACAUCCCUGGAGACAUUCUGCUGCUCAUCUUUUUGAGAGCAGGAACCGUUUUCUGGACACAGAUGAAGAUCUAGUUUUGUUUGACAUGACUUGUAGAGACAGGAAGCCCUGGAGCAGCUGCGACAAUCUGAAGGGUCUUGGCGCCAACAGAAAUCUCUGGACUGCUAGAGGGGAUGCUCUUGACCUCUCCACAGAAAAAGUAAAGAGUAGAUUAAGUAGAUGCCAAUCUCUUACAGAAUGCAGUGCAUCGCCGUGCAGCAAAGCCAUGGAAAACAGUUCAGCCAACAAGCAUUUAAACAAUGAGACCUUUGACCUGAAAACGGCCACUGCCUUUUUAAAACGACUUGCUGCCAAAAAGGGUCCAGUUGAUUUGAGACGUGGUGCUCUGAAUUUAAGCACAUCUGUUGCUGCUGCGGGGGAGGCCGAUGCAGACGCACAUUUAGAUGAUACUGAGUGGUACCAGCAAUGGCUGUCCCUCUUGGAACAAGGGCUGUGGUGGCCAGCCGAGGUGGGGGACUGUGGCUAUUAUGUUUACACCCAUGGAGACUACAUUUACUCUCUUUUAACAGACAAAUCUGGUGGGCAUCUCUACGCCUGUGCCACAGAAGAAGAUAUGCAAGCCCUUGGAAAUAUCACAGAAAAUAUUGCUACCAUUCUAAAACAGAAAGAAACUGAUAAAGUGACCCUUUGUGGCUUCAAAAUCCCCCUCAAUGAUGAGGGUGAAGACUUCUGGACUCCACACCAGCAGGAGAAUAAAUCAUUAGCAUCUGAAGCCGCUGUGGAUUUAAGCUCUGCCCUUAGUAAAGGGGAAAAACUGAUGAACAUGAAUUUAGAAAGCUUCUCACAAAUGUUUCAGGAGUCUUUAUCCUCUCAACCUGUGGACUUCACCGUGUACAAGCUUAAAAAGAUAAAGACGGAAUCGGUACAGAGUGGUUUCAGCUGUAGAGAGGAGCCAAUCGAAGCAGCAGAUUUUAGUUUGAAGUCUCUGAAGGGAGGUCGUGGAGGGCCGUACUGGAAGGAACAGGCAGUUAAAGAUGUGCUUUUACCAUCACCCAGCCUGUCCUCUGUGCCUUCCCCACGACAGACCUCCCCAGCAACCAAAACACGCAUUCCAGAAAUUAAGAUUGGGUGUGUGGAUGACACAGAUCAUCCCCAUGCGCGACAACGGGCAGACUUAAAGCCCUCAUACAAUACUACUGAGACCGAUAAACUGUCAAGAACACCAACUUCUUCUAAUUGUGUAUCUAGAAAGCCCUUGGACACGUCAAAGAUUGUGUCUGCAACAUCAUUAGUGUCAAAAAUACCAGGACCUGUUCAGAUGGAGAAGAAGCUGCCCUCGCCCCCGUCUACCAGCACACACAGCACAGCGCCCCCGCAACAGGCCUUAACUGACCCUUCUAUUUCCUCACAGAGACCCUUUCUAACAAGACAGCCAUCACAGGCAGCACAGCCAAGAGUGUUUUCCCUGACCAAUGGGAGCACGGCCACAGGGAAGCAAAGAACCAGGUCAGCACCGGGCCAAACAUGCUGUCAGGCUCAAAAUCUGCAGCAAGAACCCCCAAAGAAGGUCACGCCAAAGCUUAAUAUACUGAAUGACACUGGAACUGCAUCCAGUGAAGCCUACCUUUUCAACAGAAAUCAAAAAGCCCUUUACCCUUACUUUGACUCCCAUAUAGGCAACAAAGUUCUAGAUUUUUCUCCAGCAGUAGCCAAAAAUACAGGACAAGCGAUAGCAGCUGAGGCCAGUGUGGAGGCUAAAAAACAGACUGAGAUUGUUGAUUACACAAAGUACAAGUUGAAAAGAUUUAAAGAGAAAAAACUGAUGGAUUGUGAAACAAAUGUGGACCUGUCCAACAACACUGGAGCUGCUGUGGCUCUCGUUAAGCAAACUGAAGAGGAAGAUGCUGAAGGGCUAAACUUAGACGUAGAAUAUCCCAAGUUGAGCUCUAUACAGGAGAGACCAGUAGUCCAUCAAAUGUCAUUUGGUCACAACAACAAAUCUGAGAGAAGGGUGUCCAAGUCUUCUCUGCCACAUAUCCCUGGACUGCCAGACUCACGCGGUGCCUCUAAGGAGACAGGAAUGAGCCACACUGAUCAGAAAGUCCAUGAAAAAAGUGCAAGAACUGUUUCAUCUACGAUGACCUCUGCACCUGGAACAGCAAUCUCUACACUCGACAGUUCUUCCAGUGGCACAAGCAUCCUUGAUGGUCAUCUCAAACAAAAGGCAAAACCUGAAGCACCCCUACCCAUAUGUUCAUCCCCACUACUUAGCCCUGUUAUAAAGAAACAGGUGGACAUGCAGGAACAGAAAGAGCUUAAACCACAAACCCCAUCAAUUCCUUCAGCUCGAAAGAUUCUCUGUGAUACCAAGGGACAAGCAUCAAGACCUCUGUAUCAGUCAUGUGAAAAAAUCCAAGGUUAUCAGACGUCCACGGGACCGGCAAACCUAAUCAAAGCUGCGUUAGACAUGUCAGUGAAAACCAAAGCCCAGCAAGUAGAGGUGCCUUCAAUGGAUCCUGUCUGUGAAGCUCUUCCCCUGACCAGAAGAAAACAGUUAGCUAGUGUGAAAACUGACAAGACUUCUCAGCAAGAAUCGAUUGACUUGACAUCUGGGCCUUUGUCACCAGAGUCACAUGAACAAAAACCAGCUUUUAUUAUUUUAACAACUCUUGAGGAGCCAUCAGGUUCAGGGAUGACCACCAAAGACACAGCCAUGAAAAAUUUCACCAGCUCCAAAGAGGUUGCUCCAGCAUUAAACAUUCCUGUCAACUUACCAUCAGGUGACUUUACAGUCAGCUCACCUUCAAGUGCACAGUUGGACUGCUCUGACUCUGUCCUUAAUCAGCACAGCAAACAUGGGGUCCUGAGCCCCUUAACAUCGCUGUCAUUUGCCCCCAGACAAACAAUCGAGACAUCAUUUUCAAACGCUGCUGUGACUGCAGUACUGGACAUGUCACCCAAACUAUCUCCAGAGGUCCUGAACAAAACUGAAGGCUCUCCUGAUGAAGCAGUCUCACUGCUCAAUAAACCAAGUGUGAAGGCAGCUUUAAGGAGAGGUUCUGUGGGUAUUCCCCUGGUAGUUGAGCCAAAAUUAUUAGAACCUAGGAAAGAAAAAACAUUUCAGAAUGUGCUUACUGCACAAAAAUGGCCAAAUGCUAACAGAGUUACUCUCCCUUUUCUGCAGCAACAACCUGUCUGUAAUGUUGCACUGCAUCAAUCUGGGUUUUCACAGUCCACAUUCCAAACUUAUACAUGGAGCUCAGCACCAGCAAACUCUGUUAAAGGCACGGUUGACAUGUCCACAAAAGCAGGUAAAUCUGAAACAGCAGUACAGUGUUCAGAUAUUCUAUCACUGGUAUGCGUUAGACCAUCAGAUCUAACAGAUUCUCAAACAGAUCCAGUAGGUGUGCCGCUUAUUGUGAAAGCUCAGCACUCCCAAGAGUUUCCCAAAAUGCAACAGACAACAGUGGUGAGACCACAAAGAGACUUUCAGCAAAGAUUUGUGAGCGGUGAAUCUAAAGAAACCACAGCACCUGCCAAUUCCAUCAGGGGCUUCUUGGACAUGUCUCCAAAGUCCCAACAGCAACAGCUUGAAACACCUGAAACUCCAGUCAGUGGGAUUCUGCCAUUAAUCCGAAAUAAGACAUCGGUUUGUAGAAAUGAUUCUGCUGGUGUGUCGCUUGUAGUAGAGCCAGCUGCAUGUCAACAAAGACAGCGAAAUUUUGGUGAAAUCACCAUGACUGAGACUGUCCACAGGUUGAUCCCUCCGUAUUACUGUAGUAUGGUCUUGUCUGGUUCAAAGACCAGGUACAAGCAUGCCCAGCCACAAAACAAGCCAAUGGACUUCUCAGCAAAAGACCGGCCUGCAAGAACCAACGAUUCAAGCAGUCGUGUUGAACUGAAAACCGGAGAGCCAGUGAACUUUACCAACAGGAAAUUGAAGCAGGAUUCUUGUGAAAGAAGACAAACUGCAACAAAACUAGGAAAUAAAAAAAUGAUUGGUGCUGUUGAUCUAACUCUGGACAAGAAAACAUCAGCCUGUGACCAUCAGGAAGUUAAGGAUGUUGUCCCUUAUUAUAUUUCUUUUUCUUCUCAGUAUGCUAUAUACUUGUCACAGCAAAGUAUUCAUUCAGCUUCUACAAAUUUAGGGAGAACUCAAGCUUUAUUGUCUGAAACUCAAAUGUCAUCACUUAAUGGAGAAUAUUCAGCUCAUGAACAGACACAAACUAAGCCUGAAAUGCAUCAAGGAAGGAAAUCGAUAACAGGACAGGGACAAGUAUCACCUUCACCUUUGGCUUCAACACAGGCUCAUCAGAUGCUGCAGAACCUUGAAUGGAAGAAACCGUCUCCUGACGUUGCUUAUCCACAGGUCAACAACGAGCAUGUCCAAUCCAAGAGACCCGAGUCUCUAAGCACACAUCUUUUAACACAAAGUCAAAUUUCCCAACAACAAUUUCAGCAUUCUUCUUUGGAACCUAGCUCAACUUCAUCCACUGCAAACUCUCAGCCUCUGGAUCCGGUAUUAACACAUCAAGGUUCAGGACUUCAGCGGGAAACAGCCCAAAGACCCAAAGUUCUUCUGAAGCAGAUCACGGUGGAUAGCUAUGGUAGCACAGAGGAGUACGAUGAUGGUUCAAGACAGGCGCCCUCUGCAAUCUCUCUCUCACCACAACAUGCUGGACACCAAGCUGUUCCUCCAUCUGUUUCUUUCGGUUCUCAGACAGGAACUCCUCUUCAAAGCAGAACAGCUCUCCCAGUUCCUGGAGUAAUGCAGCCACAAGGCCAUGUUACUGUCCAGCCUCAUCAGGCAGUAACCGUGCAACCAAGUUCUCCGCCUUCAGUUCAGUCCACCUCACCAGUCAGCACAGCUGCAUCACAGCCAGCUGUGAGGCCCGAGGCUGUGAUGGCUGCAGACAACAGGCUUGAACCUACAUCCAAAGAACAGCAGGCUGGGGAAACGGGAAGCACUUCUGUCAAAGGAUUGAUAUCAUUAUAUACUGGUUUGGAAUCCCAAUCCGCUGUUUCAUCCUAUCACGCUGAGACUGUGUCCCAGCCUGUAGAUCACAGUAGAAGAAAUACUUCAGAAAAUAUGGUUGACCCAGCUACUCCAGUGCCUAAAGCGCCUGGAACAAAUGCUUCGCUCCCACAAAGUCCCUCACUGUCAGGUCUUCUGCCUUGCACUGAGGUACCUGUAAAGGAUCAGUAUAAAAUUACCUUUCCACCGGUCACACCUGAAGGUUUUUCAACACAACCAGCUGGAGAUGAGAGUGCAGCCAUGCAGGUGGAGCCACCUUCUUCUCAAAAUCAUCAGCAACCACAAAGGCCAGUGAAAGAGGCACUGGAGGAGAAAUCGUCUUCAGUUGAACUAGCAGAUACAGAAACGCUAGAAGGAAGUCCAUGCAUUGAUGGUUCAUCUAAACCCUCUCAAACAUUGUCUGAAGAAAUGACUAAAGAGACCUUUGCAGUCACAAAUGAAAUAGACUUUUCACAACAGCCAAGGUCUGAGGAGGCAAAACAGUCCAAGUUGGAAGAUGUUACCAUAAAUGUUAAGGCUUCAGCAGCAGUCUUGCAAACAGAGAAUAAAAAGAUUCAUCCAAAGUCGGUCUAUAUUGGCAUUCAUUCCUCAGAAGUACCUUCUACAGGUGUGGAGCAUGAGACUAAUGAGCCCAAACCCCACAUGCGACUGCCUCAUAUCUUUGUCUCAGCAGCAAGUUCUCCAGAAGAAGAAACAGAUGAACAUGAGUUCAGUGAAUGCAGCAAGCCUGAUUUGUCAAAGGUUGGUGUCCCUGAAGAGACCAUCCUAGGAGCAACUACACCAGGGGACUGGAAAGAUCCUUUGCCUGAGACGGUUGCACAGUCUGAUAUUUCUGAGGAUGUAAAGUCUGUGGAAAGCAUCAAUAAUAACGCUUCUAUUGAGCCAUUUGGCAGGGAUAGCUGUGUACCAGAGUUUUCAGAAAUCUCGGACAAUCAGACACGUCUAGAGGAACAAGGUUCAAAGUGCUUAUUGACCGAGAAAAUCUCCCCAGUGGAGGCUACUAUUUCAGAGCUGAAAGGAAAAGUAGAUCCUUCUGAGCUGCAGCUUCCAAUGAUUUCCCCUGAAGAAAAAUCGACUUCAGACGUGGCACAGCUAGAAGCAGCUGAACCUGCUGGUCACCUGGCCUGCCAGGCAGAAAACACCAGUCUAGAAGAAAAAACAUCCAAAGAUGUUCAGUUACUUCAAGAAAUGACUGAAAAAGACAAAGAUGCAUCUUCUGAAACUGUCAUCCCUCAAGAAGUCCAGCAUUCUUGUAGUUUGUCACUGAAAGAAGAACCAUCAGUUGCUAAAACUAGCGAAGAGGUUCAGGAGAUUCAAGACAAAGCUGAAAGUGAAGUCUCUACAUCUGUACCUGAGCCCAGUCCUGUGACACUUCCAGCAAAGGACGAUGGUUCUGCCACAAAAGCCAAUGAGACCAAGGCCCAACAGUCUGAGCAAACGGGAAGAGGAAUCUUUUCUCUGUUCAGUAAUUCGACUGCAAUGCCACAACAGACUUCCUCCCCAAGUGGACCGUCUGGACUUUGUGCAUCUAUUCCUGGCCCAACUGCCAAAGAAACUUCUGGGACAGGUCUACUUUCAAUGUUUGGGGCCCCUCCCUCAACUGACUCCAAAAACAAACUUCCACAGUCAGUCCCACAGGAACCUCAAGGAAAAGGUUUGCUCUCUAUGUUUGGAGUUUCCACUGGUCAGUCACCCCCAAGAGGUCCGGUUGCUGGAAGUUCCCAGCCCAAAGGCCCUCUACCCAGAGAACCUCCAGGAAAAGGCCUAUUUUCAAUGUUUGGUUCUUCUCCUCCUCAGCCAACACCUAGCCCCAGGAGUCACGUGGGGAUUGGUGUCCCACCAAGAGGACCUCCCACUGGAUCUUCUCUAUUUGGUGGCAUUCUAACGGGUUCUUCAAUGCAAAAAGAAAGCCCAGGAAUUGGGUUAUUUUCCAAGUUUGGUGGUGUCGCCGCUCAGUCUCAGACAGGACCCAAAGCACCUGGACCCACGGCAACACCACCAAGAACCACUGCUCCUGAGAUUUCUGCAAAGGGACUAAUGACUAUCUCCGGUGAACAAGGUAAACAAGCAUCAGAGGUACCUGCAACAUCGCAGAAAUCAGACAGCAUCUUUAAAGCUUCUUCUGUCUUCUCGCUGGGAGAGAAUUCUGACAGCAGCAAACUCAAGACUGGCUUUGGCCUGUUUGGAAUGUCUUUCUUGGGGGAAACAAAAACUGAGCCAGAGCCAGAACCAGUAAAACCCAAAGAGACAGAAGUUGUUUUAGAAAAAUCUGAUGAUUGUGUUCCCUCUGAAUCGCUUCCUCCAUCAUUUGAAGAGGAAGUUCGUGUCCAGCAGGAAUGCAAUGAUCUUCAAGAGCCAACCAAAGACGUUUCUACAAACUCUGAGACUCUGCAUAAAGUUCUGGUCCGCAAAUCAGAUCUGUGUGAGGAAGUGCACAAAGACACCAAACAGGAACUUUCUUUAUCAAACAUAAGUACUGAUUUACCAGAAAAACUGAGACAAGUGGACCAGCACCCAGUAGGAGCCAUGGAGUCGGUAACUGUGGGGGAAUUAACUGAAGAAAAAUGUAUUUCUGAUGUUGAGAAAACAGUUCCUGAAUCAGACAAAGAUAUUUUACAAACGAGUAGCACAGAUGGGGAAUCUGUCAGAGCUCAAAUGAAAAGUCCAACAGAACAAAAAGACUCCAGUGAGACACCGGAAACCUUAAUAGAUUCUGUUGAACGGCCAACAGGCUUUCAUGCAGCUGAUGUGGCUGAUAUCAAAAGUGUUUCUGAGGGGGAGGAAAGCCUCACAGGGUCAGAGAAGGAAGCUGAAAAGCCCGUGAAGAGUGUCACUGGUGAAGAAGAAACCAUCAAGAAAGAUGUGGAAGCGCCAGAUGAAACUUUCAAAACGCCAAAUGAGGAACAACCAGCAGAUAUGGAGAAGCUCAAAGAUGAAGCUUUGAAAGUUGAAGAACAUCAGGCCGACGCAGAUGCUGAAAAAUCUAACAAUGAAGCGUUGACAGUUGCAGCUGAAGAAAUGCCGGUAAAUGUUGAUUCAGAGAACAGUUUUACCAAAGAACUGGUAGUCCAGGAUACAGAGGAAGUAACCAGAGAUAUGAGUAUGAUAAAAACAACAGAGAAACCCACUGCAGAGGUUAAGCCUGAAGCUACUGCAGAAGACUUGAACCUUGCAUCUUCUGAAACUGUACAGGAACCAACUGAUGCAAAAGUCCAGGUUUCCACUCUGGAGAAAACAUUUGAAAAGGACUCUUCUUUUGAAGUAGGAUCAAAUGAAGACAGAAGUGUGGAAGAGAGCACAAGCAUGCCUAGUUGCCCCACACAGCAACAAGCAAGGCCAGUUCCAAUAUGCCCACCGGGUCCACAGAUGACUGAUCCAAGCAUGGCUGAUCCAAGGAUGACUGAUCCAAGGAUGGCUGAUCCACGCAUGGCUGGUCCACGCAUGGGUGAUCCACGCAUGGCUGAUCCACGCAUGGCUGGUCCACGCAUGGCUGAUCCACGCAUGGCUGGUCCACGCAUGGGUGAUCCAAGGAUGGCUGGUCCUUAUUGUCCAAGACAACAAGGGCAACAGAAGCCUCCUGAACCAGCUCCAUUUUCUGGCUUCAUGUCCAUGUUUUCGUCCCCAAGUGCAUCCAGUAAAUCUCCAACAGUUGGUGGAUUUUUUUCGAGCUCACCUGGAUCCCUUUUUGGAUCAGCCUCUGCUCCUCGUCAGCCUCAACAGCAGCAACAACAGAAAACCUUGUUUUUUGGUCUUUCAAGUGGGACUACAACAGAAUCCCUCACAAGUGAUCUGUUUGGGAUGUUCAGAGGUCCAGAAGCAACAAAAGCUGAGCAACCUAAACAGCCAGACACUGAUCCUGAACCAAAGAACCCCCCUGAAAGUAGGAAAGCCUCUGAAGGCACAGAGGAUGCAGAAUGUCGACCUGGACUCAAAAAAGUUCAAAGUACAGAGAACUCUGAGACGUCUGAAAGUGGACGUGUAGAGGUAGCCAAACAGAAAGACGAGGCUGACACAGAAGCAAACGACAGUUCAGUUCCUGCUCCAAAAUGUCCCAGUUCUUCACAAGAACAUGGAUAUGAUGAGCAUUUAGAAGAAACAGGCCCUGCCCAGUCUGAGGAGGAGGCUCCUCCCUCAGCCCCCAAUGCUAAAGCUGCAUUUGACAAACCUCCUCUCAGUACAACAAAGUUGGACUUCAUGUCUGUCACUACCCAAGGCACGGCUGCUUUUGGAUCUCUUUUCUCCUCAACAUCUCCAACCUCUGCUGUCCACUUGCCACAGCAAUGCCAAACUGACAGCGGACUGUUUGCUGGACUGAAAACCCUCUCAGCUAACAUUUUCCAGGAUGAGAAGCCAGCAGCAAAGGAUGACGCUUCGGGAUCUUUGUCAAAUUUUGGUCUAAAACUGACCUCAGUGUUUGGGAGCUCCGAGUCCCCCAAGCCAGAAUCCACAUCCCCUAAUGUCACAGCCCAAACCGAACCCGAGAGUCUAAAAGAUGAGUCGGAUAAACCUUCUCCAGGUUCUGAGGAAACUGAGAGUGCAGAUACCAGUGAGACAGAAGGACCAACAGAAACCUCCAAAACCGGAAGCUGCGACACAUUAGCACAGACGCCACAGUCCGGCUGCCCCUCCCUGACAGACAGCUUGGACAAACCACAACCCAAGAAGAAGACAGAAGAGCCUGAAGCCAGAACUUCUGGCAGCUGGCAUGACGGUUUGGCGGCAGAGCGGCCCAAGACGCUGCUGGCAGAGGAGGCAGCAAAAAGGCCAGUACCUGUAUGAUAGAAGACACAACCUCUACCUUACUCCAUGUGUCCCCGCUGUGACGUCCUCAUAGUAUGUACACCCUGUUGACCCCUCCCACCCCCACCCUCUCCUGUAGACUCCCAACAUAUGGAAACUCCUCUAAAAAGGCCAUGAGUGUAUUUAAUGUAAAGACGGAGCGUUUCUGCCACCACACUAAGAGGUUUUCAGACUGAGAUGGAAUCACAGAGAACGAAAGAGCUUUUAUUUAUUAGCCCCCCUCCCAUAUUUGUCCCCUAAACUCCUCUGAGUUAUGUCCAGUUCUCAGCCAAUUUGUUUAAACGAAUGUAACCAUAGAUUUAUGAGGCUGAGCGGCACGAAGGCGGGCUGGGCGCUCCAGGAAAAGGAGCAGCUAAAGCCAUUUGGCUGCAAACCAAGACAAAGUAAAUCACUUCAAGCACUUUGCUCCUUAGGAGCCUCAGUCAACAGCAGCCACUUCUCUGUCAUGAAGGCUGCGUCCUCCACUCCCAGAAAGCUUUUAGCAACCAUCCCAAACGCAGCAGGCCUUUGCUGUAGCAUCAGUCAUUCAAGACGCCCCCCUCAGGAAAUGCUGUGGUGGCAUCAAUACAUGUUCAGGGGUACUGACUCGGUUUGCAUCAGGCAUCUUCUGCACAGCCAAAAAACAGAACCUGAGCGGGACUGAUUACAAUGAUCCAGAUCAGUCCAGAUGGUCUUUAUUGUUCAGUAACAGCUUUUAAAGUGUCCAACAUGAUUGGUAAAGAAAAGUCAAAGUGAGACUCCGCCCACAGAGAUGAUGGCGAGCAAACAUCUUCAGCUUUUCAGGUUUAGCUGAUCCAAUUCCUCCUUAAGUUUUUUCCUCCAACCGAUUAUUUACAUGAGAAAUCAAACUUGCCUGCACACAGCUCCAGGUGUGAACCACAUCAUCAAUGACUCCGCCCUCCAAACUCGCCAAACAUUCUUGUUUAACAGUGCUCCCUCUUUUAUCGCGGCAGACAUGUUCAAAAACAACCUGCAGGUGAAACCUGUGAAGUAGAAUUACAGAUGUGAGUUUUCCUAAAUGAAGCUGAUGGUUUCCUUCAGUUGGUCAGUCGUCUCCCUGUGGAUCUAAGCUGCUCCAGUAUGAAUUCCAAUAUUCUGAAUGAAAAGAACAUUCUAACCUGUGUGGAUCUUUGCCUUCAUGACUGCUCAGUGACAUCCAUCUGGCAUCU